AUGCUUAUCUUGAUCGCUGGGAUCACCGGCCUUGUCGGUCUCCCUUGUGCAAAGGCUGCGAUUGCUCGGGGACACAAGGUCAGAGGUCUAGCUCGCAGUGCUAGGAAGCUUCCGAAGGAAGUACACGAUCAGCUCGAAGGCUUUGAGCCCAUGGUUGGCCUGCACGAUAUUGCUGCAAUGGAUAAGGCCGUUGCGGGCGUCGAUGCCAUCAUUUGCGCUUUGGCCGGUUUACCCGAAAUGUUCUUAGAAACGCAACUGUUGCUUUUGCGAGCAGCUGAGCGUGCCGGUGUUAAGAUUCUCCAUGCCAGCUCCUGGAACUACGAUUGGAACCUCUCACCUGGAAGUCAUGAAAUCUACGACAUAAUUAAAGCUUUCGCUCACCAGGCCGAAUUGACCUCGACGAUCAAGCCUAUUUACAUGUUUACCGGCGCGAUCGUGGAGUGGUAUUUCAGGAAUAGCCCUCGCGAUUGGGACCCAAAAUCGAAGACGUUCAAUUUUUACGGGCCGUCGACGUUUCAAACGCGCUACACUACGGCUGAUAACAUUGCCGACUACACGCUCGAGGCAAUCACCGCUCCGGAUGCGGCCAAAGGAGGGUUCGUUUGCGUCCAGAGCUUUCAGGCCUCGCCGGAAGACAUUGCCAGUGCGUACAAAGCGGCAACGGGUGGCCGUGGGCAUGUCACUCUCAACUGUUUAGGAACGAUUGAGGAUGCAAAGGCAAAAUUGGACGAUGCGAGAGCCAAGUACGAGAAGAAAGAGUGGUACGAGUAUAUAUGGUAUUGUUAUCAGGUCCAUAUUCCGAGUCGGUCCUGGGAUUUUGAGCCAGUGGAUGUUGCUCGAUUUCCUAAUGUCAAGCAAACCAGCUUGGAAGAUUUCUUCCGCCAGAACUCAGAUGUUUAA